AGAACAGUCUAUAAUGUUGCGAUCUGCCGAAUCUGCCAAACUUUUGAAGUUUGGAGGUUAAUUUUCUCGGAUUUUUAAUGACUUUUUCUGAAAACGAGUGAAAUUUGUGUAUUUUGUUAUAAUACCAACUGUAUUCAAUGCCGCUUUGUGAAGGAGGUGUCCCAAACUUGAGGGUUCGACUACAACAAUAAAUUAUUUCUGCAAACCACAAAAGAUCAUUUUAAAGAUAGUUUAACAAAUAUGGCGGAUCUGGAUGGGAAUAUAACUUUGUUGAAAAAAAGUAAUAUAUCUGUAUAUGUAGACGAAGCUCUACCAGAUAUUCUGGUUGUUACUUAUGAGUUGGGCUUGAAGAUAUUUAAGGGCGUACUUUUGGACACCACCAAGAGAAAUUUGCCUUGUGGUAUUCCCAACUUGAACCCUGCAUUUAAUGUACCGAAAAAUCCAGAUGAUGAUCCAUUGUAUGCAGUUAACCAACGGUUUGCGUACUUGGAUCCAAAUGCCCAAAAGAAGAAAGUGCAGGUACCAAAUAAAUAUAAGAAUAGCAAAAUGACUGUGAGACUGAGGCCCAGGCAGGUACUUUGUUCAAAGUGUAAGGGAAUUUGCAAUGAAAACUCAGAAAACGUAUCCAGGAAGAGAAAGUCUUCUGAGAGUGUAACCAAUGCAACACCAGUUGCGAGGAGGGCAACAAAUGCUCCAGUCACAAGGUCAGUAAGAACUUAUUUAAGUGCAAAGAGGAAACUCAGAGGUUAUAGUCAAGAAGGACCAGAAGACGCCAAAAAAUGUAGCAAAAAGGCAGAGAAAACUGAAGAAAAAGAAGUUGUGGAAAAUCCGACAUGGGUGGAUCCCGAUACGAUACCUUCCGCUAAGAAACCUCUGUCCAAUAUUGAGAAUGAACCUCAAGAUGACCCGUUGUUUAUAAAGCAUUCCGACGAACAUUCCGAACAAUUCCAAGAGACCAGUCCUGUUCUUGGAGAACAACCCGUCUUUCAACAGCCUACUCAAACGCAAGUUUUAAGGGCUGCACGAAGGACAAGAAAGAAAAAAAGCAACAGCGCAACAGAUGAGGAAAGUUCGACCGAACAACCAACGAAUGCGAGUGGUCCAAUAGCUGGAAAUGUUACCCCAAAUACAAGAACUAUUAAAAUAUCGUAUGGGCCCCAAGGAGAAGGGACUGUUCUCAAAAUACCAGCACAAAUAGACAAUGUCACUGACGAUGAUUUGGAGGAAAAUAUCAAUAUUCCACCACAGGCGAUUUCAGUAAAGUUGAUGAACACCAAAGCAGCUAGAAAGGCUAUGAAAAGGGCGAAAAAGGAAGCUAGAAGGAAAGUGUUACUUGGUGGCAGUCCUUUAUAUUUAGGUGGUGCUUCUCCUAGAUACUUACCAAGUCCAGGCGCCUCACCUAGAUAUACGUUAGGAGGAUCGAGUCCAAGGUAUACAGUUGGUGCAGCCUCACCUAGGCAAGGUCUGACGAAAUAUCCAGAGCUGAGGAUACACAUAGUUCCCAGAAGAAGAAAGCAUAAGAUGAAACACAAGAAGAAACACAAAGAAGAUAAAGACCGGAAACAUAAAGAAAGUGAGGUUAGCAGUUCCACGCAAGACGAUACAAAGGAACAAUGCAUCACUCAGAAACUAUCAAUCAACCUAAAGCGUCUAAAAAACACUUACACAUCAUGUUCAGCACAAGAGGAAACUACUUCGAGUUCAGAUGAACAUAGUGAACUUGUACCUGAUUUUCCUCCACCAAAUCCUCCACUGAUGAUGAGAAUCAACGCCCAAACGUUGUCCAGUGCGUUGGGUUGCGAUGGCGUGCGUCUUCUCGUUGGAGACGUAGUUUGGGGAAAGAUACAUGGUUUUCCAUGGUGGCCAGGAAAGAUCUUAACUAUUACCAAUUGUAAUUCUCAAGGGCCUCAAGCCCACGUUACAUGGUAUGGAUCAUCAACUUCAAGUCUUAUGCAGUGUGAUCAGUUGAGUCAUUUCCUGGAUAACUUUAAGGUGCGAUAUAACAAAAAGAAGAAAGGUCCUUACAAAGAAGCGAUUAAACAGGCAACAACUGAAGCGCGUGAAAAUGCAGACAACAGGGUUAGACAACCUUUGGGCAAUUCUCCCUCACAUAAUAUCAUCCCUCAAGUAGUACCACCUGCUUUGGCAUCACCUAGGGAAAUAGAUGUUGCUUCAUAAGGUGUAUGCAACUUUCAUCUUCGUCUUUUACUGCUUGGUUUUCGACCAUAUUCGUAGUGUUUGUUUUAAUAAACGCUUUAUUCCUGAAUUUUAUGCCAUGAAUUCGGUGUUUUCUAAGUACACAGAAUCGUUAGUGGUGCGAUGAUAAAUGAUCACACUGGGUUAUUUAUUUAUAUUUUGGCACCCACCACCAACAAAAAACAUCAUGGUUUUUCCGGAAAAAAAUUAAUUAGCUGUUAACCAUACCGCUAUGCUUUAUCUAAUCAUAACAAAAAGGUUUUAUUCUGUUUUCAUUUAAAAACCAAGUAAAUGCAUGAGGUCCAGGAGGCAGCCCCUGGAAAGUGUGUGUAUACAACGUUGAUUGGGGUUGAAAUAUAUAUAAAAAGUUCACAUGAGUGUCAAAAAAAUGUUAUAUCUGCACAUAUGCAUCUAACUUUAGAAAGUCAUAUGAACAUUAUUCGAAGUAAAUCUGUUAUUAAUUGGUAAUUAAACUUUGUUAUUUUCAAUUUUUUACAUAAAUGUACAAAUAAAUCUACAGGGUAUUAUCAAUUUUGGAAAAAAUGUAACUUUUAUAUUGAUUUCAAGAUGUAUGUUGCCAUGUUCUGCAGUUUACACAGUUUUUCAUCUGACAAUCAAAAACUUCACUGGACAAUAAUUAUACCUCGUUGAGUUGUUAACACAAAUCGAAAAAUCCCAUUAACACUGCCUAAUUUAUCCUGAAUAGUGAGAAUAGCUGCGCGUGUUGUGUACUUAGAAAACGACCCUGCAGUAUAACAUUAUCCGUUAUUUUCAACUAUGUUUAGAAUAAUUGCAAUUUUCUCUUAUUUCACUACAUAGGAUUGUGUAGUGUCUGGAUUGUCAGAUGAAACACGUGCAAAUCUCAACGUAUUUUUGCGCUUACUUUAGUCAAUAGCCCAAGUGUACUCUUUUAAUAUGGUGUACAAUGAAUUGUGUAAUAUAGUGUCUAUAUUUGGAUUACGUGUUUAGGUAUAUACAGUGGGAGCAUUUAAAAGCGAGGCAGAAUUAAUAUUCACAUACGUAAUUUUGAUUCACAAGCAAAUUGAUGCGGAAUAUCUGCCAUAUUUUUAAAUAAUCGAUCAAUUCGAAUUUUUUUCAAAAAAAUUCCGUAAUAUCAAAAUAUACAAUUCAUCUCGCUCUACAAUCCGAAAAAAUUGCGAUAUAUUGUCAAAAUCUGACAAUAAAUAGAUUUUAUAAAAGUGUCCCGCUUUUAAGUAAGUCACACUGUAGUUCAAAUUAACUACUUUUGUAUUUUAACAUGAUUUUUAAGGAAACAAAUGCGCAGUUUUCAACAAUCAAAUAACUGGUUUUUAUUAAUCGAUAUAUUGGCUAAACUACCGAAAUCAAAAUUCAGCUCGUCGUGUGUUAAAUAUAUAAUACUAUUAAGUGUUAAGCAACUGUAUGUUUCCCAAAAUUGUGUUGUAUACAAUAAUGUAUCUGUGAUUUUAUCCUCUUGGUAUAAGUAAAUAAACCCAAUUAUUUGCUA